UGCGCCAAUGGUUGUUAUCUUACUACCAGCUUUGUUUAUGCAGGCUCGUGUUGAGCCGCCUCAAGCAGAACCGCAAGAUCGCGACAGCGACACACAACAUCUACGCGUACCGCAUCGUGCUGCCGGACGCCGUCAUGGCGCAGGACUGUGAGGACGACGGCGAAACUAAAGCUGGAUCUCGUAUGCUGCACCUCAUGGCGGUACUGGAUGUGGUGAACGUUUUGGUGGUGGUGACGCGCUGGUAUGGCGGCUGCCACAUCGGUCCUGACAGAUUCAAACACAUCAAUGCCGCCACGAGGUCCAUAUUGGAAAUAUGCGGCUUCUUAGACGACGCCCAGGGAUCCAGUAAAAAGAAGCAAAUAAGUACGCGUAAAACCAAAUGAAACGCGAUGUUGUGUUUAUCCUAGAGGACUAAACUGAGAAUAUCAUUUGAAAAGAACUGUAGAACUGGUUUAUAUAAACUAACUUUAAUUGGUGUGCAUUGUGAUAUAAAUGCGGAGCAUCAGGUUAUUUAGUUCAAUUAUCGAUUCUUGCGGUUUUGACGAUGAAGUUUAACUUUAUGCGCUUGGGUGGAGGCUCUCCCAAAUUUGACGUGAAGAAAUUUUGGAAUUAUGUCGUUGAAUGGGAGUUUAUCAGUCGGUUUUUUAUCUAAAUUUUUAAAAUUCAUUUUACUUGGAUCAAUACUGUGAUUGCACAAAGCUGAAGGAAGUUUCUUCUAAGGAUUCGAUCAGCCUCGCUAAGUAAUUUAUUGAGUUCCUUUUGGCAAGCUAAAGCCUAAUUUAAUACUGAAUACGUAUAUAUCAAUAUAUUGCAAUCUUUCUCCACAAGAUAGAUUUGUUAUUUACUAGCUCAGCUACAUCGGUGAAAUCGAAUUCUAAAUUGAUUUUUUACCCUAAUUUUACUUUUUACCAGACAUAGAGCUUAACGUCAGUUUUUUCCAAUGCUAAUUAUAUGGCUCUGAUAGAAAUUAUUUUCCGUUAUUUCCGCUGUUUCAAGUGAAAUAUUAGAGUGGAAUUUUAAACACGUGGAUUUGAGUGAAGUAUUUGUGCCUUGCAACAUUCUGCAAAAAAUGUAUAUUCUGUCAGGGCUCGCAUCUAGUGUAUUGAUUGCCUCAUGAUCGCUUAUAUUUUACAAACCAUAUCAUAUAUUUUUCUUAUGAAUAAGUAUAAUCUAACACGUCUUUCAAUUAACGUAUAAAGUUGAUCACUUUU